GCGGGCUGUGCGCUUUCUGAAGGGAAGCGGCGAGGGCGGGCAUGAGCCUGCCCGGAACUGGCUCUCGCCCGACCCGCCUCUUUCGCUCUCUCUCUCACGCUUCUUUUCGCCUCGGCCGCCCGCCGGCCAUGCGGCUGGCAGCUCGGACUCGGCUCCUCCUCCGCUUUAGCUUGAGGAGAAGCGCCUGACCGACGGCUGGUCUGCUGCUGAAUGUGGCGCGGCCGGUGAGGGAAGCAGGCAGGCGGCUUCUGCCGGCGCGAGGAGGGCGGCCAAGGGAGGGCAGGAGGAGGGUGAAAAAGAGAGAGAAAGCAGAGCUGGGGGAAGAUGUUGCUCUCGCUGGUGCUGCACACCUACUCCAUGCGCUACGUGCUGCCCGCCGCUGUGAUGAUGGGCACCGCCCCCACCUACAUGCUGGCCUGGGGAGCCUGGCGCCUGCUUUCCGCCCUGCUGCCCGCCCGCUUCUAUCACCAGGUGGACGACCGGCUGUACACCAUCUACCAGAGCAUGGUGCUCUUCUUCUUCGAGAACUACACCGGCGUACAGAUAAUUCUCUACGGUGAUUUGCCAAAAACAAAAGAGAAUGUAGUGUAUAUAUCAAAUCAUCAGUGUACAGUUGACUGGAUUAUAGCAGACAUGUUGGCCAUCAGGCAGAAUGCUAUUGGACACAUUCGAUAUGUUUUGAAAGAUGGGUUAAAAUGGCUUCCUUUGUACGGGUGGUAUUUUUAUCAGCAUGGAGGCAUCUAUGUAAAACGAAGUGCCAAAUUUGAUGAAAAGAAAAUGAGAAGCAACUUACAAGCCCAGACGAAAGCUGAAACUCCAAUGUAUCUUGUGAUUUUUCCUGAGGGGACACGUUACAAUCCAGAGCUACCAAAAGUCAUUGCAGAUAGUCAGUCAUAUGCUAAGAAAGAAGAACUUGCAGUGUUAAAGCAAGUUCUUACACCACGAGUGAAGGCUACUUAUAUUGCUGUGGACUCAAUGAAAGAUUACUUAGAUGCCGUUUAUGAUGUAACAGUGGCAUAUGAAGGUACUGUGGACCUUAAAGGACAAAGAAAAGUGGCACCAUCCAUGACAGACUUUCUUUGUAAGGAGUGUCCAAGAAUCCAUAUCCAUGUCGAUCGAAUUGAUCUAAAGGAUAUUCCAAAAGAACAAAUGUACAUGAGAAGAUGGCUUCAUGAACGUUUUGAAAUCAAGGAUAAGUUACUAAUAGAAUUCUAUGAUGCAAAAGAUUCUAAAAGAAGAAACAAGUUCCCUGGGAAAUGUGUUCAUUCCAAACUAAGCCUCAAGAAAACUUUGCCAUCCUUACUGUUUUUAACUGGUCUGACUGCUAGUAUGUUGAUGACAGAAACUGGAAGAAAACUUUAUGUGAAAACAUGGAUAUAUGGGACAUUAUUUGGCUGUCUGUGGGUCAGCGUUAUAGCAUAAGGAGAUCCUACAAUCAGUGACACUUCUUGUCCUGUCUUGCACAUCACAUAAAACUCUUUCAUGAAUUUAUAAUGAAAUGUAAAUAAAGCCUUAUUAAUGGAACAUUGGAUAAAUUGCAACCUAUCGUCGUUGUGGGAAAUACCAUAUAUGUAAUUGUGCUCCUGACUUUUUUUUCAAGGACAGCAGCUGAUAAAACGUUCUGUUCUAACAUGUUUUUUUCCCAUCCAUGAGUGGUUUACCCCAUCUGCACAUGAUGAUACCCUCUUGAACAGUAUGCCGUAUGGCUUUUGAGACUGCGGUAGGAGGGGGAAAUCUGUCAGAAUCAUCCUUCCCUUAUUCCCAAGCCAGCUUUUAGUUUAUUAAUGGAAUUUCCUCCAGUCCUGCAAGAGUGAGGAGAGCUGAUUGGCUGGUGUUCUUUUAUUCCCUGUUGUGGCAGCUUUUCAUACUGCCUGGCAUAGUAAUUUGGAAAGUACCCCUAACCCUUAGCAGCAGCUUUUCCGAGAUCAGAAGGUUACUGGGGGGGGGGGACAGGCAAGGCGCUAUAACUUGUUUUGUUUAUGGAUUGUUUUGUUUGAACUCUCAUUUUUUAAAUAAAUAAGGUAGUUCUAAGUGGAUCAGUGAAUGUAUUUGCUGAUAAUACAUUAAGCUUAUAGGUUUGAUUCUACCAGCAUUCUGCAGGCACAGGAGCGAGGAAGGUUGCUAGUCCCAACUCCCUGUUUCCCUCCCGCCGCGUAAAGGCUCUUUGCCCAGCAGGUUGUCUGGUCCUGCAUAGCCUUUUGGGAGGUCUGAAGGGGAAGCCAGGGUACAAAGCUGCUUCUGUCAGUGGAAAGCUGUUAAGGGUCCACCCUUGUGCAUUUUUUUCUGCCCAGGUUCUGUUGUUCUUUUGUUCACAACAACUAUAUUAUAGCUGCAUUGCAAACUAAAACCAAAGCUACAGCAUUUUGCGUUUUUAUUUUAAUAUUAGAUUUGUUCUCCCAAGUUUGCAAAAAAAUAAUUUAAAAUGAUAGAGCUCAAACUGUUGUUUUUAGAAUCAAAAAGGGGUGACAAAAUCAGUUAAAUGGUAUUUUGAUUUUAUUAUAUUGUCAUUGUCAACUGACUCUAGUUUCUUUUGUUCACAAAACAUUUGUUGCUAUUAUAAUUGUACCAACAGAUUUCUUGGUUUUUUUUAACACUCCUUGGUGUAUAAAUUACUAUAUGCAAUAUGUUCCAAUUAAGUCUUAAUUGAGGCUAAAUAAUUUGUAAUCUGCCUAUGCUAGAUUCCCAGAAGCGCUUGUUGGAAAACUUCAGCCAAGCUGUUGUUAACUUACAGUGUGUGUGCCAUAAACAGUGGUGAACAUUCCAAAGUUUCCUGAUACCUCAGGAUGGCUUCACACAAUAUAAUCACUGUGGAUAGGGUGAUAUCUCUGAUGAAGAGAUGUACAGUAUAUGUUAUGCUGUGAGUAUGCCAGUCAGGAAUCAAAGCUUGGGGGUGGGGAGGAUGCCAAGUCAUAUGGAAGCACGUGGAUGUGUACUUCAAUGAGCAACGCUGCUAUGCAGCUAAGAGUGUAUUUUAUGGUAACAAGGAAUACCCAUGUGUUCUUGCCAAAACAUAAAGUAUGUGCCUUUGUCUACUGAGUUUGCAUUUAACCUAAUGUUUCAUGGUCUGAGCGUUAACACUGUAAUUUUGGAAUACUCGUAAUUUUGGAAUACUUUUAAAGCUUUCAAAGUUGGUAUGCACUUCUGAUGGGCUGAAACUAUGAAACUGAGUUUGCACUGUAGAAUAUUAGUGGGAAAUGCAUAUUCUGUUACUUUCAUGUGUUCACAAAUACAUUUCUAAGAGCCAUUGAUUCUUGUAGCUAUUACUUUCGGUGAUAUAUUGGGAAAACUAUUUCCUGAUGUUAAGAGGAUAAUUGUUCUGUACUUAGUAGAGGAAGGGAUCCUACUUCAUAUUUGUUGCUUUAUAUUAAAUCAAGAUUCACCAUAAAAAUGAACUACUAGAGGCUAUUUUUAAAUUUUUACAUAUGCAUCUUCUGUUGGUUUUAAUGAGGCUUGAACUGUUUUAAGGCCCAUCACAAACUAAAAUUGUGAAGCAUCUUUUUAAAAACAUGAAAUGUUUCUUCCUCCAUCUAGAAUGAGUAAGCGAGACCUUGUUCUUGUACAUUUCUCCUGAAGUUUGUAAGUAUUCUGCACAGUUUUGUUUCAAAUAUAAAAUUCAGUUAAUUGUUUUGACUUUUAA